AUGGGUCGCCUUCGUCGCGACACGCAGGACUCGCUCUCCUCACGCCCACUCCGUGUCCUCGCCACCGGCACCCUCUUCCUCACCCACACCCUCUCGCUCCCCUCCCACCCCCAGCCCUCGUCCGUCGUCCGCGCAAGCUCUGUCUCCCGCUCCCGCGGAGGCUCCGUCUCCACCUGUCUCUCCAUCCUCGCCCAGUUUCCUUCUGUCGACGCCCUCCUCGUCGCGCCCCUCGGAGGCAACGAGGACGGCAAGCGGAUCAUCCGUGAUCUCGAGAGGGAGAGGGUCAGCACCCGCUUCUGCAAGGUCUGGGACGACGCAGGCGUCCCCAGCGCCUGGGUUCUCCAUGCAGACGACACCGACUCCCGCACAGUCAUCAACAACAACCCCCUCCCCGACAUCACCCACGAGGAGUUCGUCUCCCUCCUCGGUCCCCUCCUCGCUCCCGAGAAUUAUGCCUAUCUUUCCUCUUCGUCCCCUCCACAGGCCCAUGCCGCCAGCGCGACCUCGCCCCCAGCCGUGAGCACCCUCAAGGCGCUCCAGCCCCGUCCGUCCACCUCUAGCAUGCACCCCGCUUCUCCUCCCCCCCAGCGACCUCCGGUCAAUUCUAACAGCCCUGCCCCGUUUGACUGGGUCCAUUUUGAAGGUCGCUCCGUAAAGACGACGCUAAGCAACAUCAUCGGUCUCGACGGUCUCGCCAGGGAACGCAAGUGGCGCAGCCACUGCGUCUUCAGCGUCGACGUCGGAAGACGCACUCGCCAGGGCGUUGAAGCGCUCAUCCCCCACGCCGACGUCAUUUUUUUGAACAAACACUACGCUCGCGCGCACUCCCCGCAGUACGCCGCCUCCCCGCGCGCCUUCCUCCUCUCCCUCACCGUCCUUGCCCCGCCUCACGCACUCCUUAUCGCGCACUGGGGUGAAGAUGGCGCCGCCGUUCUCUCAGUCCCCACACGUGAGUAUUUCCAGAGCUCCGGCUGGGUCGCACCCGAUCCUCCUGCGCUGCCAGACCCCCCCGCGCUUUCCCUACCCCUUGGGACGCGCGAUGGCCAGUCCGACGAGGUCCACUCCGUUCGCACCGAGAGCGACUUCUGGGCAGGCCAGCACACCGACUCAUCGAGCGUGUUCACCGCCGGCGUCCUCUCUGGCCUCGGCUCCCAGUCCUCGCCGUCCUCUGCGCCGCUCUCCCCCCAGCGCCCCGCCCGCACUCGUACCGCUUCCGCCGCGCGCGCGCGGGUGCGGAUCCGCGAGGGUGGGGACUCGUCCGACUCGGAUGGCACGCAGAUCCCGCCCGCACGGCACGACCACGACGACACAGAGCGCGGUGCGCGUGCGGGCAGCGGCAGCGGCGUGGUCGACGAGGUAGGAGCGCAGGACGCCUUUAUGGCCGGGAUGAUGUUCGCCCUCACGCGGCGCCUGCUCCCGGGCGAGCCGUACACCCCGUCUGCCGUCGCGCGCGAAGGCCCCGCGAGUGGCGAGACGGACCGCAGCCGGUGGCGGCUCGAAGAGUGCUUGAGGUUCGCGACGGAGCUCGCGGGGAGGAAGGCGCGAAAGGAGGGCUGGGAGGGGCUCGCGGACGACAUGGCCAAGGCCGGAUGGUUUGAUGGCUGA